AUGAUUUCGACGGGAUUGCUCUACAUGUUCAAGUCAAUUGUGUUAAUAAUGAUAGAGGAUACAUCAAACUCGACUAGAUUGGACGCAACGAAACUACCUUUCCGCGUGGAAUACGGCUACAGAAUAGAUCAGUACUUCUAUCCAAUAAUGAUUCAUUGUUAUCUAACUGUAUACUCUCAUGUGACCGCCACAGUUGCUGCUGAUACUUUCUACUUCGCUUUGAUUCAACAUGCCUGCGGGAUGUUCUCGGUUGUCGGACACAUGCUGGAACAUAUUGGCGAGAAUAUUAAUGAGAAUUUUAAUCUGAAGCCCCACAAGAUGAAUGACAAUGAUUACAAUAAAGCUCUCAGUUGUUUACGCAAGCAUCUGCAUGUAAUAAAAUUCGCAGAACUAAUCGAUUCCACGUUUGCCAAUAUAUUCUUGGUUAGCGUUAGUUUGAAUAUGAUCGGUGGCAGUAUAUGCGGUAUUCAGGUACUGAUGAAUCUAAAUGACGCGAAAGAUAUAGUAGCACCCCUCGCUAUUUACGUUGCUCAACUCACCCAUCUUUUCUUUCAAUUUUGGCAAGCUCAAUUUUUGUUGGAUUACAGCGUCAUUCCAUAUGAAUCGAUUUGCAGAGCAAAUUGGUAUUACACCUCGGAAAGAUGCAAAAAACUUUUACUGUUAAUCAUGAGUAGAACCAUAUCACCAUGCAGAAUAACUGCUGGCAAAGUAGCGACUCUAUCCAUUGAAAGUUUCGGCGUAGUUCUGAAAACAUCAAUAUCCUAUUUUACGAUGCUACGCUCUUUUCAUUAA